UCUCUGGGAGGCCCAUCGUCCCCUGCAGUGUGGUCGGCACCCGGCCCCCCACUUCCGGCGGGGGCAGAGCGUGCUCUGGCUUCGGCCCGGCACCCGGCCCCCCACUUCCGGCGGGGGCAGACCGUGCUCUGGCAUCGGCCCGGUGGGCGCGGGACGUGGGAGCCAGCGUGCACGCUUGCUGCUCGCUUCCUGCUCCGGGUCUCAGCGACCUCGGCUUUCGUGUGCUUUCCUCAGGAGACGCCAUGUUCUUCACCGCCGUCCUCCUCCGCGGCCGCAUUCCGGGCCAUCAGUGGAUCGGGAAGCACCGGCGGCCGCGGAACGUGUCUUUCCGGAUGAAGGAGAACAUGAUCCGUCGCCUGGAGGUGGAGGCCGAGAACCACUACUGGCUGAGCAUGCCCUACAUGACAGCGGAGCAGGAGUACCGCCACGCCGCGGAGCGCAGGGCCCAGGCCUUUGAGGCCAUCAAGGCGGCCGCCACUUCCAAGUUCCCCGAGCACAGAUACGUUGCCGACCAGCUAGACCAUCUCAACGUCACGAAGAAAUGGUCCUAACCAGGAGCCAUCACCUUUACAUUUAUGGAUACCAGACUGCUCUGCCCUUACCUGGUCCUGGAACUGGAAAAAUGUAAUUUAUAUAAGUGUGAUCCCUUCGACCAGAAUCUUAUUAAAACAGACAUGAUUAA